AUGGCGAGCCACAGCGGGCAGGACUUUGAAUAUUCCCGUCGCUACUUGCGAGGGGACGUCGUGGAUGACCGCGAUCCCCGCUAUUUUGACAACUAUGGAGAUGCCAACGUUCGGAACCGCGACCUCGUUCCUCGCGCAGACCCUCGCGACAGCAGCCUCUCUGUAGAGGAAGUUCGUCGUGAUUUCCCGCCACCCAGUGGACGAGACUACGUUCACACUCACGAUGUGCGCCGUGCUCGUUCUGCAGAGCCCGGCUACUACCAGGAGGAUUACGAAUACCGCCGCACUUAUGGAUCGCGGCUCGACGCCCGGGACAGUGACCGCCACUCAAGAAAGCCCAAGCACACCAAGACUUUAUCGAAGCAAGAGAAGCUCAUUGCUGCUGUUGCCGGCGCCGCCCUCCUCGUGGGCGGCAAAGAACUCUAUGACCGCCAUGAAGCCAAGAAGGAGGGAAAUGGCACUCCAGUGCAGCGCAAUGCACUGUCGUCGGCCGCGCUCGCGGGCUUUGGCGCACUCGCUGCAUAUGGAGGUGCUGAGUUCUACAGCAAACAGCAAGCAAGGAAGGAUCAGAAGGCAACCUACAUUCUCCAGCGUGGCCGGGACGGCCGCCUUGACGACUACUAUGAGUCGGAUGGUGAGAGCGAUACCAAGGAGAAGAAGGGCCACAAGAACUUCCUUGAGAGUGCAAUCGCCGCUACCGGUCUUGGAGCCGCCGUUAAGUCUCUCACUGGCCUAGGUGACGACAGGCACUCUGACACUCGGAGCCGCGGUGGUAGCCCUGGCUCACGCAGCGUCCGCAGCGGUCGUUCCCGCUCGAGCUCCAGAAGCGGCAGAGGUGCCAGCAAAGUCCAAAAGGCCGCCAUCGCCUCGCUUCUUGCCGGAGCCACCGAGGCUUUCCGGGUCGCCAAGGAGCCCGGCGGCUGGAGGGGAGAAAAGACCAAGAGAAUUCUUACUGCCGCCGCCGGUGCCGCCACUGUGGAUGCCGCCCACGGCGCGGACCACGGAAAGCUGGGUCUCGCCGAGUCAGUCAUCGGAGGUCUGGUGGGCAACCGCUUGAUCAACGGCUCCAGGAAUGACAUUGAAGAGGACCGUCGCACUGGCAGAAGCCGCUCCCGAUCUCGUGCACGAUCAAAGGACGGCCAUGGAGGUGUCGGCCUCGCAGCACUUGCAACGGCUGGAUUGGGUGCCCUCGGCGCUAAAAAGGCCUUUGAUCGAUCGCGAUCCCGUGGACGCGACAGGAGCUUUUCUAGAAGCCCCUCGCGAGAUCGGGAUCGUCACCGCAGCCGAAGCCGCAGCGUUGUGGACAAGGCACGAGAUGGUCUUGCGAAGCUAGGCUUCGGCAGCGGUGCUCUCGUCGCUGCUGAUGACCGUCGCCGACGCGAUUAUGAUGACGACUAUGACGACCGGAGCUCACGCCACUCCGGCGGUCGACGAGAUGAUGAUCACGUAUACGAUGAUCCUAGAUACCGACGCCGUGGAGGCCGUGGUGAAUCCCGUGACCGAGACCGUUCUCGAUCUCGGGACCAAUCCCGCAGGAGGGGUGGGUAUGGAUCUGAGUCCGAUUUAGGAGACUCCUCCGAGGAUGAGAGAAGGGCCAAGAAAAUGAGAGCACAUGGAGUCUAUAAAAGCAUGGAGAAGAGGAAGGCACGGAAAGAAGCAGUCAAAGAAGGCCUUCUCUCUUCACAAGAAGCCAAGAAGCUCAGGGCCAAAGCUAUCAUGCAAGACGCAGCUUCGGUCGGUAUAGCCGCCAUUGGUAUCAAGGGCGCAUUAUCCGAGCUCAAAGAAGCUAGAGAUAUGACUCACGAGUGCAGAGAGUGGAAGAGCGAAAAAGAGCGCCGCCGUGAGAAGCGAGCAGAGAAGCGCCAGAAGCUUGGAGAAAGAAAACGAUCCUCAAGCUGGUCAACUUCAUCGCGGCCGAGAAACGACGGAUACUAUGGAGACAAUGAGGAUGGAGUAUACAUCCUCGACCGCAGAUACAGUGCGGUCUCUCAACUCCAACCGCCUCUCAGGCGGGAUAGCCGUUGA